AUGUCUUUCUCUCAGGGCCCUCUUGAACCGAUUGCUGACCUUAAUUCUUGGGUUUCAACGAAUAUUAAGAAAAAAGAAUGCGUUGCUUUCAUCCCACAAAAGUCUAGUGAUGGGGAGACCUGUGGAUGUGGUUACACCAGAGAAUCCCAUUUUCAUGACACCUCACAUCCCAAUAGCCCACCUGAAAUCAAUUGGGACCCUCAGAAACAUGUCGAAGAAUUCCCCACUGAUGCAUAUGGGGACAUGACAUUUACAGGAACCACCAGGACCUGGGCCAAGUACGUGCGAGCAUCCUCCGACACUCAGCCCAGCAUAUUGUUUGAACUGAUGACAGAGCAGUGGGGGCUUCGUGUACCAAGUCUCCUCAUAUCUGUGACAGGAGGAGCCAAAGAUUUCAACAUCAGUCCAAGGCUGAAGACCCAGUUCAGCCGGGGCCUUGUGAAGGCUGCACGAAGCACAGGGGCCUGGAUCAUCACUGGAGGUUCUCAUGCUGGGGUCAUGAAGCUUGUAGGUGAAGCCAUACGGAAUUUCAGUGGAGGAAAAGGCUCUGAGAUUGUCCUGAUAGGCAUUGCUACCUGGGGCAUCGUCCACAACCGAAAAUUACUGAUCAGUGAGGCGGGGGGAGCUCCUGCCUUGUACCCCAUGGAUGUAGGAUCGCAGGGGGCACUGUGUUGUUUGGACAACAACCACACACACUUCAUACUGGUGGAUGAUGGGACACAUGGACGCUAUGGGGUGGAAAUUCCACUGAGAACUCGUCUUGAGAAAUUUAUCUCUGAACAGAAAUGCACAGAGGAUGAAACAGCCAUUAAAACAGUGUGUGUGGUGCUGGAAGGAGGUCCCGGAACGUUGGAUACCAUCUACUACAAUUCAAUGUGUAACAACACCCCUUGUGUCAUCGUGGAGGGUUCUGGGCGAGUUGCUGACAUCAUAGCACAAGUAGUGAAUAUUAAUUCCUCCAGCAUUACCGUCAGCCUCAUUAAGGAGAAACUGAAAAAUCUUUUCUCGGAGUCGUAUGACAAUUUCACAGAAGAUCAAAUCAUCAUGUGGACCAAAAAAAUUCAAGAUAUUGUCCGCAUGGAGUCUCUCCUCACCAUCCUCCGGGAGGAGAAGGUUGGAGAUCAAGGGAUGGAUGUGGCAAUCCUGCAAGCUUUGCUGAAAGCCUCUCACAAAGCUGAUCCCAAUAGCCAGGAGAACUGGAACCAUCAGCUGAAGCUUGCCGUGUCCUGGAACUGGCCAGAGAUUGUUGAGACUCAGAUGUUCACUGAAGGCUGGACCUGGAAGCCAUCUGAUCUGUAUCCCAGCUUGACACUGUCACUUAUUGAAGACAAACCGUCAUUUGUGCGCCUGUUCCUGGAGCGUGGAGUCAGUCUGGCGGAGUACCUCACCAGGGACACUCUCACCUACUUGUACAACAAUACAGAACCAUCCAGUUUGAUUCACAGCAAACUUGUGAGACAAGCCACAUCAAAGAGAUCAAAGGAAGUAUCUAAAAUAGAACUUCAUCAUGUCUCCCAUGUCCUACAGGAUCUUCUGGGAGACCUAACAGAACCCUUGUACCCAGAAGCCAAGCGUAAACAGAGCCUGGCAGAAGUCAACAUCAAGGUGACUGCGAAAGUAGGAACUAUGAAACCCAAAAAUGAGCAGCAGUUGGACCACCCUGCGAGGGAUCUUCUCAUCUGGUGCAUCGUGCAGAACCGAGCAGAGAUGGCAGACAUUUUCUGGAAUCUGGCUGAGGAUAAUGUAGCUGGAGCCUUGGCCUGCACCAAGAUCCUGAAGGCUCUCUAUAAAGAGGAGGAAGAUACCAAAAAAAUAGAGGACAUGACAGCACUUGCAGACAUUUAUGAGAAGCGAGCUGCAGGUAACAUAAAUGUGUUAAGAUCA